GCACUCUGACCGCAGAUAAAAGCCUGCUCCGCACAUGCAACUGCAUGCAGUCUGAAGGUCAGAGCGAACAUGGCAACCCGCUGGGGAAUCUGUGGAGCUGGAAACAUCAGCCAUGAUUUCUGUGUGGCUCUGAAGACACUUUCUCAUGAAGAUCACCAGAUAGUUGCAGUUGCAGCAAGAAGCCUAGAACGUGCAGAGAAGUUUGCAAAAACUCAUGGCAUCCCAAAAGCAUACGGCACCUACCAGGAGCUGGUGAAGGAUCCAAAUAUUGAUGUGCUGUACAUCGGCGUUCUGCACACACAUCAUCUGCAGGUGGGUCUGCUGUUCCUCAACGCUGGGAAGAAUGUGCUGUGCGAGAAACCCUUCGCCAUGAACCUCCGAGAGGUCAGACAGCUCAUCUCGGCCGCCCGGGAGAACAACGUCUUCCUCAUGGAGGCCGUCUGGACGCGUUUCUUCCCGGUGUCGCUGGAGAUCGGUCGCCUGCUGUCGCGGGGCGAUGUGGGCGAGGUGAAGGUGGUGCGAGCGGAUUUCGGCGUUCCUCUCACACAUGUGCAGCGUGCUGUUCAGAAGGAGCUGGGAGGAGGAGCGCUGCUCGACAUCGGCAUCUACUGCAUACAGUUUGUGCUCAUGGUGUUCAACGGAGAGAAACCGGAGACCAUUCAAGCGACCGGAGUCUGUCUGGACACUGGUGUAGAUGAAGCGAUGGUCGUCACGCUGAAGUUCUCAGGACAGCGUUUGGCCGUCUGCACCUGCACAAUCACCGCCGAGCUUCCAAACGAAGCCGUGAUCGUCGGGACCAAAGGCACCAUCAAGGUUCCGGCUCACAUGUGGUGCCCGACGUCUCUGAUGGUGAACGGUGUGGAGACUCAGUAUCCGGUGCCGGAGCCGUCUCUGCCGCUGAACUUCAUCAACAGCACCGGCAUGUGUUACGAGGCCGAGGAGGUCCGCCGCUGCUUACUCCACGGUUUGAAGGAGAGCUCACGCAUGUCUCAUGCAGACUCGGCUCUGCUGGCUGAGAUCAUGGAUGAAGCCCGGCGGCAGGUGGGCGUGGUCUACAGCCAGGACAGCCAAUGAGCUUUCAGCUGACACCGCCGCUCAUAUCAUCUCCUUUACAAUAGGUCAAUAAAGGUGCUCUUACAGCUGCUCUUUUGUAUCAACCACAAUAGAACCAGAGUUUUUAUUCUGUUGACAUGUGUUUCUGUUUUCACUCAUCUCAUCUGCAUUCAGUCAGAUUUCUCUACAAUAAACCACCUCUUGGUUAAAGACUACAUGCUUCAUUUUCUAAUU